AUGGUAACAAACGACACUCCUCGAGACGGAUCCACGAAUAGGAGCCGCAGGAGAUCUCAGCGGCGUUUAAGCAGUAGCAUGCUAUAUAGGAUAACUCUAUUAAAGAUGCAAGUGGACGACGCAACGACACAUCUAAAGAAUGUCGAUCAAAAUUUCUCUGGUCCAAACGGGAAGAGACGGAUCAAUGUUUGCAAGACGAAUUAUGUAACCGCUAGGGCUAGGUUCCAAACUGCUUGGGAAAAGGCACUAAACAAAUCGUUUUCAGAAGCGAACAUACUAGCGAGAGAUGGCGCGAACAUUGUGACCAACUGCGAAAACGGAUGGAAAAGGGGUGGUCCGCCACAAAUCUCUCCUCUCACUUUAUAUAACACGAAUGUUUCUAAAUUAUAUGGAAUAAUUAGUGUGAUUACCAAAAAGCUUGGGGCUUAA